GGCAUUUUGGGUCAUUACAGCGGUUCUAACCCGCCGUAUCUCCCAUAUAUAUAAAAGUCCAAUUCCAACCCUAAUUUCAGAAACACUGGGUCAUUGCUGAAGAUGCCUGCAUACACUACUGCUUCCAUUGUGUGGCGAUCUCCGAUCCUAUGCGUUCCUUGACGAUCUCCUCCGGCGGGAUCUCCUCCUCCUCCGAUGAUCUCCUCCGGUGAGGUCUCCUCUAGCUUUUUGCUGUCCUUCUCUGCCAAAAUCCUUAGUGCCUCUCUUUCGUUCUCCCUUUCCUUCCAUUGAUGGACAGUGUCUGAUGAUGGAAACCUAGCGCAGGGGAAUAGCUUCAUAGAUCAUAAAGAUUUUUGUUGCAGUGACUGUGGUGGUACUCCUGAAAAGAAUUGGUAGUAAGCGACAUUGAUAAACUCUCAAUAUCGAAAGUUCCUCCUAAAUCCACAAGGUAUGGUUAUUAUUUUAAUUACAGAUAUAGUACAUAUUGCUGGUACUAUGAUUUAGUACUAAUGCAGUUAUUGGUUCUGUUCUCCCUUGUUCUAGCUGACUGGAUUUGUUAUUGAUCAGGGCCUAGCUGCCUUAAUUGGAUUUGUGUUCUUGUGAUUUAAAGGGGGCCUACUGGUGUUGUAGUCUUGCUAUUUGGUAUCCAUAUAAAAGAAAUGAGAAAAAUUAAAAUAAAUAGCAUUGCCUAUACAAUAAGUUUAGGCUAAGUCGUGCAAAAUUUAACGGAAAAGUUGAGUUGAGGGAUUCUCCAGCAGCACUAACAGGGUCAGAAAUAUUGGAACAACUUGAAGGCAUCAAUGUUUCAUUCGGGAAGGAACUACAGGCAAGUAAAGGUAAGAGGACUCGAUGAAAAGUUGUUGAAGAAGAAGAUGAAUCGGGGAUGUGGAGGAAGAAAAGCAUAUUUUUUGAUCUUCCUUAUUGGGAGUCUAACUUAUUGCGCCACAAUCUAGAUGUUAUGCAUAUUGAAAAGAAUGUUUGCGACAAUGUGUUAUACACUUUGCUCAAUGAGACUGGAAGGUCAAAGGAUAAUCUCAAAGCUCGUAAGGAUCUUAAAGAAAUGGGUAUAAGAAAAGAUUUAUGGCCAGAUGAAAAUGGGAGAUAUCAUCCAUCUUUGUUCACAAUGUCAAAUUCGAUGAAAGAUAUAUUCUUGCGUACUAUAAAGAAUAUUAGAGUACCAGAUGGUCUCUCGAGUAAUAUUUCACGGUGUGUUGACCUGAAGCAAAGAAAGCUCUCUGGAUUGAAGAGCCAUGAUUGCCACGUUCUUAUGCAGCAACUAUUACCCAUUGCCAUACGUAAUGUGCUGCCAGAUAAAGUUACUGCAGUGCUAAUAGAGUUGUCUUCAUUCUUUCAACAGUUGUGCUCUAAAAGCUUAAGUCUUACAGAACUUGAGAAGCUCCAACCUCGAAUAAUCCUUACCCUUUGUCAUUUAGAAAUGUUGUUCCCUCCUUCCUUCUUUACAAUCAUGGUUCAUUUAACCUGUCAUCUAGUUGAUGAAGCAAAACUCGGAGGACCAGUACACUAUAGGUGGAUGUAUCCUAUUGAGAGGUAUUUAGGUCAUUUGAAGUCCUAUGUACGAAACAAAGCUAAAUCAGAAGGUUCUAUAGCUGAGGGAUACGUGGCUGAAGAAGCUCUUACAUUUUGCUCUCGAUACUUAGAAGGGAUUGAGACAAGAUUUAAUAGGCCACCACGUGUUGAUGAUCGUCCGGAUGAUAAUUAUAGUACACAUGUGGAUUCCCUUUUUCCACAAAUAGGAAACUCAAAGGGAGCUUUCACAGUAUUUGAGUUGUCACCUAUGGAAAAAAAACAAGCACAUCGAUAUGUGGUUUUAAAUUGUCCAUAUGUCAAACCGUUCAUUGAUGACUUCAAAGAUUUUGUACGAAGACGAUCUAAGGGUAGAAGGCCUUCAAAUGUAGAGAUAGAAAAAAGAGUCAAUAAAGAUUUUGUUACUUGGUUUCCUGCGCAGUUUAUGAACCCAGAUAUUAUGAAUACUGUGCAUGAGGAUUUGAGAUACUUAGCAAGGGGUCCAUCACGAUAUGCCAAGAGGUUUUCUACAUUUAGUAUUAAUGGGUUCUCCUUUCGAACUACCAAUCGAGACAAUGGGUUAAAGACCCAGAAUAGUGGAGUUUUUUUAAUGUCUUCAACUCCUUGUGUUGCUAGCGCUAGUGAUGCUGAUGUUAGGAAUGCUGAUUUGUCAUAUUAUGGCAAACUAGAAGAUAUUAUAGAACUAAACUACAAUGGCCAAUUUCGGGUUACUUUAUUCAAAUGUAAAUGGGCUGACACCACUAGAGAACGGGGCUGUAGAAAGGAUAAUUGGGGUUUUACUUCUGUUAAUUUUUCACAAGUAAUACACAGUGGUGACCAAGAGGAGGAUGAUCCGUAUAUUGAAGCCUCACAAGCUCGAAUGGUGUAUUUUGUCAAUAAUGAAGUGAAUAAAGAUUGGAGUGUUGUCAUGCAUUUGAAGCCAAGAGAUUCAUAUGAUAUGGGGGGAAAUGAAGAUGAUGAAGCAUGCGAGAAUGAGCCAUGGUUAGAGCAAAACUUAGAUUCUUUAUUUGAAAAUGGUGAUAAUCUAUCAUUGUUAAGAGAUGAGGUAGAUGAUGAACUACUAGAUAAUGACAUUGGAGAAGACGAACACAUGUCAGAAUAGUUAUUAUAUUAAAUUAAUUCAGUUUCUUUCAGAAUCACCGUGUAUGAAACCAGGUCUUCAAAUUGAGCUAAGCCAAAGAUGGUAAAGUAGAUAUGGCAAAGCAAAAGAGGUACAAGAAUCUGCUUAAAGCAGCAGCAGCUGCACAUUCUUUACAAGACAAGUCAAUAGCAGCUGCAAAUUCUUCACAAGACAAGUCAAUAGCAGCUGCAAAUUCAUCCCGAGAUAAGUCGGCAGCUUCAAAUGCAUCACAAGUCAAGUCCGCAGCAGCUGCAAA